AUGGCGUAAGGCACACAGAAACACACACGCGCCAGACACGCAAAUGCUUUGAGUGAACAAGAGCCUGGAGCGCCUGCGAUUGACGGACUGAUGGAUGGCGCCGGAGCGUGGAUUGGAACGGCCCACCCCUCGAUGAUUCGAUCGAUCGAUCGAAGCGUUUGGCUCGUCAUGAGAACCGAGGCGCCAUGAAGCUCAUCAACCGCAGCGGCCUAUCCCCCAGAGUCCCUGACUGACUGCUUGCCUGCCUCGGAUAGACGUCGAGGGCACGAGCGAGCGCGGGCGGUGCCUCUCAACUGGACGCCUCCGCAGAAUCUACGAGGUUUCGAGCCUCGCUGCCUUCCUCAUGAGACUCAGAAUCCUUACCCAGAGCUCAUCGUACUGCUGGUGCUGCGGUACUCCACUUUCAUCACCGUUAUCCAUCUGACAGGUCGAAAGGAGGAGGCUUAGGAGGUUGAAAUUUCGGUGGGCUGGGUCGAGAGAGAUCAGCGAGGAGGAGCAGAGGCAGCCAUGGAAUGUGCAGGAGUGAGCGGAGUACUCGGUCCGAGGAAAUUCGGGGCACUCCCGAUGAGCAAUUCUGGGUGGUCGGGCAUCAAGGGCUGCGUAGGCCUGCCGAGCCAAGGGCCGUUAUGGAGGUCCGCGAGCAGGCGGCGGGGAAGCGCCGGAAAGGCCAGAGCGUCGGAUGAUCAAGACGAGGGUGGCCCUAGAAAAGAUCAGGGAGGGCAGAAAGUGGAUUGGGACAAGGCGUGGACCAAAUUCAGCAGCCCGGAGAAGAAGAAAUCCUUCUUGAACAUCGACAUGGAGCAGUAUGUGAGCCGCAGGCCCGAGCACUCGAACUAUCCCCUGUCGGAGGAAGUGGAUCCCAUGCGGAAAUCGGAGAAAUCGGCUUUGGGUUUCUGGACCACGCCUCAGUUUACUUAUGUCAUGGCCGGUGUCAUAGUCGGCCUCUUUAUUUACAUGGUGAUCAUAGUCGGACCACCACCUUCCAGGCAUUGACACGAGUCCUGACAGUGUUCUUCUACAUGUACAUUAUCUGUAAUUUUAAACGAUUGCUUUGAUGACCGCUCUUGCUCG